CGCAUUUGCAAACAUCUUUGAACUGAUAACAUAUGUAUAAAAAGUUGAAGACUUUCCGACUGAUUAUUAAAUUACCGAGAUUUUUAUGAAUUGGUAGUGUCUUCUUAAAAAAUUUCAAUAAGAAGUUGUGAUAACUCGUAGCGGGAUUCUCCAAUUAGUUAGUGCAGUUUAAGGCACUCAUUGGGUGUAAAACUGGCCGUUUGAAGGCACAGAUGAACAUCGUUUCGUGUACACCUUGUUAAACAAAUUAUUUGCACCGCCUGCAUUCAUAGACUUUCCUUUGAAGACUGCAAGGAGGACCUCAGAUUUUUGUAAUGACAAUGAAUCCCCUUCUGGGCAAUAAUUCCCAGGCAAUGAUGGGGUUCCAGCACCAUUAUGGAAAUAUGAACACCGGCAACUACUCGCAAAUGAACGUUCUUCCGAACUCAGCACAAAGAUCGUCGUUUGCAAUACAUGAAAUUCUUGGACUUAACACAACUCCUUGCCGACAGAAUCCGAGCCCCGACAUCUUGGACAAUUUGGGGAUAUGCCCCUCUAAUUCUAUGUACCCUGCGGGUGUUAACGGUGGGGGAAUGAACCCGGCAUACGGUGCAGAGCCCCAGCAUCCGAACUAUUACCGGGAAAUUCCACAGUCCCAGAAUAACUCUUUUUGUCCAUGGAGAUUUGACUCUCUCAAUCAGACAGCACCUAACUGUGUCCCUCAACCCAUCACCAAUAAUGUCAACAGGUGCCAGGAAACUCCGGCAUACGGACUCAAAGCUUCGCCAGAGGAAACUCAUCUCCGCCCAGAGUGUGCUCACCAGGACAAGAUAACAGACAACACAGCGAUCUGCAAGAAGCAGAAAAAACGCCGGAGACACAGAACAAUUUUUACGAGCUACCAAGUAGAAGAAUUGGAGAAAACGUUUAAAGAAGCACAUUAUCCUGAUUUGUAUGCCAGAGAAGUCCUAGCUCUGAAGAUUGAUCUACCAGAAGACAGAAUCCAGGUGUGGUUUCAAAAUCGUCGAGCCAAAUGGAGGAAGACAGAGAAGACGUGGGGCAAGAGCAGCAUCAUGGCGGAAUACGGACUGUAUGGGGCCAUGGUGCGACAUGCACUUCCGCUUCCGGACUGCAUCGUAAAAAGUGCUGACAAAGGCAUAGACAAAUCGUCAGCGCCUUGGCUUCUAGGAAUGCAUAAAAAAUCAAUAGAGGCGUCCAAGAAAAUGCGUGAAGAGGAAGGAAGCGUUGACGGAAGUGACACCAAUAACCGGGUCAAGGAGGAAAUUCGUUCGGAAAGCAUCGCGGCUCUACGUGCCAAAGCUCAACAGCAUAGCGCAAAACUGUUGGAAUGUAUAGAAAAAGACCCCAAGAGGUUCGACGAGUCUAGCAAUAACUCUUUUGACAGUUCAUUUUUCUCGGAUGCUGGAGAUGGUAGUUCAGAGAUGUCCAGAAAUUGAGGAUAGCCUAUUUUGUUGAUUCUGAUUCGUCGUUAGAAUUACCAAUUUGAUAUUAAAUGGCACUGUCCGCGUGUCAGGUUCUAUUUAUAGUAGUUUCCUAUGCCACGUGCAUUGUAUUAAUGUAUUUGUACAUGAUAAUAUGUAAAAAUUAAAACAUAUUAAAGAAUGAAUUAAA